GUUUUAUGUCUUUUAAAAAAAAAAAAAUUUUUUAGUAAAAUGUUGCCUGUUUAUUUAAUAUUUAGUGUUUUCUAUUCUUUAGUAAUCCGGAAACCCGUCAACUCAGAGUGGCAAAUUUGGGGAAGGAAAUGGUUUCCUACUGGAAGUUAAAUGUGACCAUAGUAGCAGCCAAAAUACACACGUCCAACGACUUCUUUUCAGAAUCAGAUUGCUACGUGUCGCUUUCUCUGCCGACGGCAGCAGCAAGUGAAUACAACACGGCCAUCAUCCACAACAGUGACAACCCAGAGUGGAAUGAAACGUUCAGCUUCAGGGUCCCCUCCCAUCUGAAAAACGUUUUGGAGAUCAACCUACAUGACCGGGACCCUGUUUCAUCUGAUGACCUGAUUUCAAGUGUCCUCUUUGACCUCGGCAAUCUCUCAUUAGGGAAGAAGGAAGCCAUGACGUUCGCUUUAGAUCCCAAGUCAGCAGACCACAUUUUAAUAGAGCUUGAGAUGAUCCAGAGUGAGGAACCCCCUGGUGAAUAUGUCACCAAUGGAGUCCUUCUGGCUGCCCCAUUCUCUGUUUUGGACGUCAGUGUUGACAAGCUACUAAACAAUUAUGAUUUCCUGGGCAAAGCGAUAACGCUAAAGGGUGCCAGUCCUGAAAAUCAGCGCCUGUUGACGAAGGAGGUCACCAAGCUGCGUUUCUACAUGAACAGGGACUUGGCCACGGAACUUGCAGUGGUUGCUGAUGACCUUACGGUGACCGAAGGUUCGGUGAGGCUUCAGCCGCUUCCACCAGAACACACUAGCAACGUGUCCCUGCUCAUUGAUCAGGACACAGUGGACUUAAAUAUUGAGACACAUGAAAGUGUGGACAACCCUCUGGCAGUGCGUAUGGAUUUUGACAUCCCGCAGCAAGAGAAAGAAUAUCUGAAGAAGAGGAAAAUUAUUGUGAGGCAAAAUAUGCAAAAUCUUUUUGGUCUGGACUCUCCGCCAUCACCCAACAAGGUGCCAACUAUUGCUCUGGUGGGUUCAGGAGGAGGAACCAGAGCGAUGACAGGACUGCUUGGUAGUUUGAAGAGCCUGAAGGACUUAAACAUCCUGGACAUUGUCUCCUACAUCACGGGAGUGUCUGGAUCCACUUGGGCUAUGUCUGCAUUGUACCAAGGAUCACACUGGUCCCAACGCAGCAUAGAUGGAACCGUCACUCAAAUCAAGAAAGAGAUCGGUAAGGACUUCGCCAGUCUCUUCACGUCGGAGAAACUGCAAUAUUACAGCCAAGAGAUAGAAGAAAAGAUAAACGAAGGGCACAUCCCAUCCCAAACCGACAUGGCUGCCCUCAUAUAUGAACAAGCGGUCUUUGGGAAGAAAUUGAGCAGUACCCUCUCUGAUCAGCGAGGGGCAGUACAUGAAGGCCAAAACCCCUUACCCGUAUACACGGCUGUCAAUAUGAAGGACAAGGCAGGCUGUGAAUCUGAAGCUGAGUGGUGUGAGUUCACGCCUUACGAGGUUGGCUUCCAAAAGUACGGAAUAUACGUCAACACUGAAGACUUUGGCAGUCAGUUCCUCCUCGGUCAUCCCAUCAAAAAACUCCCAGAAGUCCGUAUCCCUUAUCUGAUUGGCAUCUGGAGCAGCUUCUUUUCUGUCAACGUGGCUCAAAUAUUAAUGCAAGACCCUCACCUGGACCAUAACUGGGAGGCCUGGUUUGGACCCGAGAUCAGCAACACAGAAAGUGACGGUGAACCUUCCACUGUUGAUACACGCCUUGUAGAUCCGUCCACACACGUCUCCAAAAUCAUCAGCGAUUUCUUGAGUAACCGUCCAGUUGUUUCUACAGUUUACAAUUUCAUGCAUGGUCUCUUCCUGCACUCAAAGUACAACACACACGCCAACUUCAAAGCCUGGAAAGAAGCACACCCGGAUGCGUUUCCCAACACCCUGACGCCCCGCGACUCCACUUUGCACCUUGUUGAUUCCGCUCUUGCGAUUAAUAUCGGCCUUGCUCCCGUCCUGCGUCCAGAACGAGAGGUGGAUAUCAUCAUAUGCCUUGAUUAUUCCUGGAAUCCAGACGACAUCCUCAUGGCCAUAAAGCAGACAGCUACUUACUGCGAGGACCAUAAGCUAGCCUUCCCUCGUGUGGAUUUUGCCCGACUGGAUGCAGAACCUCAGAAGGAGGUCUACGUCUUCGAGGAUGAAGAGAAUCCCAAGGCGCCAAUCGUCAUUCUCUUCCCGCUUGUCAACAUUUCAUUCAAGCACUUCAAACAACCAGGUGUGAAGCGUGAGACGGAGGAGGAAAUGAAAGCCGGCGAGGUGAACGUGAGCACCAGCACGUCACCGUUCACCACCGACCAAAUGAUUUACUCGGAGGAGAAUUUCGAGGCGUUGAUGAGCCUGACAUCCUAUAAUAUUGCUAACAACAAGGGAAGCAUACUUGAAGCGGUGGACAAGGUGUUCAAGGCUAAGAUGGCAUCAGAGAUGGAGAAAUAAGUCCUGGAAGAAUGCUAGCGCUUUUAAAUACUGCGAUGUCUUAGUCCACCAUCAGCUUGAGUUGUACUUUGCUUAAACACGCUUUCUCAUGCCUUUUUUUAAACACAUAAUCAUUAAUAAUGAGCAUACUAGCCAAUCAUUACUGUUGUAUUAUUAUUAUUAUUAUUAUUAUUAUUAUAAUGAGACCACUACACUGCUUAGUUAUCAAUGUCCAUUUCAAAGGAGCAGAUACCACAUGUAUGCUAUACAUGUAUACCAUACAUGUGGUAUACAUGUAUACCGCAUGUAUACUUAAUGGCCAGCCAUGUAACUUAUGUUGAUUUUAGGUCGUAUUGGUGAUGGUAAUGGUAAUGGUAUUGGUAAUGGUAAUGGUUUUAUUUCAUUUUACAAUUGAGUGCAUCCCAUAAUCAGUUCCCAGUUCGACAUGUCCAAAAGGAGUAGGAAGAAGCAAAGCUUAUUAAAUCCUACCCCUCCAUCUGGUACUUUUACAAUCACUAACUGUUACAUUUGUUCAC